AUGGCAAAGAAAAAAUUAAAUCCUUCCAUUAAAAGAAGUAGAACAAGGUCUGGUUGUGUCACCUGUAGGGACAGGCAUAUCAAAUGUGAUGAACAACAACCAAUUUGCAAGAAUUGUAUCAAAUCUAAUAGAAAAUGUUACCGUGGUAUUAGAUUGAAUUUUACUCAAUAUACUUUUUAUGAUCCAGAUGAACAUAAACCUAAAGUCGGUGACACUGAAAAACAACAACAAGAACAACAACAAAAUCAAUCACAAUUAGUGUCUACUCAACAAGCAUCACAUCAAUUCCAAUUUCAUUCACAUUCUUAUCAACAACAACAACCAAUUAGACAAAGACACAGAAUAUUAGAUCAGUCAAUUACCAUUGCUUCCUUAUAUGAUGAUACUAGAAAUUAUAGACCUUAUUUGCAUUUACAUUCACAAGCUGAUUUAAGAGAAUCCGACUUACAAUUCCAAGAAGAUACUUAUAAUUCUUACAUUUCCACGUCUGAUAGAAAAUCUUCAUCAUCAUCCAGAAAUAUAGCACCACCAUCAAGUUCACUUUCAAUUAUCCGUCCUUCUAUGGACAUCCAACAACCACAACCAUAUCAACAACAGCAACAACAGCAACCACAACAACAACCACAAACCUCCAGUUCAUCCUCUGUGAGAGAUAAUAGUCAAUUUAUUUCUCAAUUAACAUCUCAAAACACCACUCCAUUCAACCCUGAUUUUUUCACUAAUGAGUUGUAUUCAACCAAUUUUUCAACUGCUCAUUUACAUCAGCAAUAUUCAAUGCCUCAACUGCUGAUACUUCCUCCUCCUCAACCACCACCCCCUCCGACUCAUUCUUUAUCUGCUCCUCCACCAUCUUCCUCAUCUUCUUCUACACAUCACCACCACGCAAGUUUACAAUUACCACUUUUACACCACCAUCAUUCACUUUCUAAUCAACACCAACAACAUUUUAUUCCGGUGGGUCCACCACCUCCUCAUCCACAACUACAGCAACCGCUACCUCAACAACAACAACCACAACACCAACAACAAUCACAAGCACAAGCACAACACCAACAAAUAGCACCACAGAAUCUACUACAACAUCCUCAGGCACAUCAAUUUGAUUAUCCCCAAAUGAGUUUGAAUCAAAGUAAUAUGUUACCUUUACGAUAUGAUAUUUCAAGUUAUAUUCAAUUGAUUGAAAAUGAAAAGUAUUACACUUUAUUGGAUCUCACAAAUGAAAUUGAUAUUUGGAAGAGUAUUGUACCUACUUUAUGUUUAAGGACUUCGGAUAAAGAUAGUUUUUUAUUAGAUUGUUUAAUGAGUUGUUCCAGACAAAAUUCUCCGAAUCUUCCUCAAUUGACAAACGAACAGUUAAAUAAAUGGUUUCAAAUUAAAGAUUCAUUGGUUGGGAUUGAAAAUAUUCAAUUGUUUGAGCAUUUAUUGAUUAGUGUGGUGUUAAUCUUACAUGGUAUUUAUUUGACAAUUACUAGAGAGCGGCUCACAGAUUAUCAUAAGAUUGUGUUGAAUAAUCAGUCGAAAUUGUUUGCCAAAGUAUUGAAAAAAUUGAAUACAUUCAUUGAAAGUAAUAGAGCAAAUAAUUCAACUGUGUUGGUCAAUUGUAUUUAUACAAUUACUAUUCUCAAAUUUUAUAUUAACAAGAACUUUGACUUAUCCCUUGAAUACAGAAGUCAAAGCAGUUCUCAUCAUAAUUCUACAAGUGGUUCUAAUAGUGGUGUUGGAAGUACUGCUACUCCUGUUGGUGUAAGUGGUGGUACCCCAACAAUUUCAACUGGUACGUCUGGUGGUGGUGGUGGUGGUGGUAAUGGAGGUUCAUCUGGGUUGGCUAAUAAUAGUUCAAGUGGUGGUUCUAAUGGUCAAAAUUCUCCAGAUGAUAUUGUUUAUCCGACUACAUAUUUCAAUGCUGAUUUAUCUUAUAUUGUCAAUCUCAGUGAACAAGAGAUCAAAUAUUUGAACAGUUGUUAUCUGGUAUUUGGAUAUGAACAGGUUAGAAAUGAAUCACAAUUGUAUAAAGAUUUAUUAUGGUAUUUAAUUAAAGUUGACUUUAUGAUGAACCAUCCUGAAAGUUCCAAUGAUUUGAUUAUUGAUUAUAAUGCUAUCCAUCAAAUUGAUGCACUUUCCAGUACAUUGAAUCCAAAUCAUCAUCAUCAUCACAAUCCUCAUAGUCAUCCUUCUGAUUCCAAUUCACGUCGUUAUGGGAAUAAUCAAAGAUAUUACGCAAGAACAUUUAUUAGGGAGUUUAUUAAGAAAUUAUUGAAUAUGAAUAAUAGUGAUAUCAUAAGAGAUGUAAAUCGUCAGUUGCAGAAUUUAUUUGUUCAAGUUGAUGAAAGUUAUUUGGAGCCUGAAGUCAAACUGCAAUUCAGAUACUAUUUUAUGUGGACUUUAAGAUAUAUCCAUCCAAUGAAUUCAUGA